AUGGAGGACAAGAAGAACCUGGCCUCUCCACUUCCUCACCCUGCCACCCAUCUCCGUGACGACCCACCGUCAGACCUGGCCUACCUGCAGGCGGCGGCCAUCUUUCAGUAUCUGCGCACAGACAAACCGCUCCGACAUCAGCUGGUGCAUUAUGGGAGGAAGCCGGACGCGCUGUCACUGCCACAGAGCGGCGACAAGGCGACGACACGGCGAGCCUUACAACUUGCCUUCAGGACCCUCAAAUACCAAGACUUGCUGGAGGAGAUGGUGACGGACAGCCGCUUGCAGACGUGGCAGCAUAUUCCCGGUGACCUGUUGCCGCUCGCGAUGGUGAUGCUGUGCAACUUACAGGAGAGAAAGUUUUUGCCACGUGAGCGGCGACCAGCAAAGGAAGGGGAGGAGCCCCGACAGGAAGUGAGAGAUCUGGAGAACACGCUUCAUAAAUGUAAGACCAAGCUGGCAGCCUCUCUUGCUCGCUGCAGGGUGAAACACGGCCUGCGGAGUGUGUCCUGCAUCCUCUCAGAGUCUGUGAGGACCAGACAGCACGUAGCCAAAAUACUACCUCUUUACGCCUGGGUCAACACUCUCAGGAGCAGCGUGGAGGAAGUGUGUGAGGAGUUGCAGCUCAGCGGUCUGACCCAGGUGGACCAGGUGUCUGACGGGGACCAGCCCACAUUCAGCAGAGACCCCCUCUGUCCCGACACACUGGUCUUCUCCCCAAAGCUCCAUGCAGUGCUGAAGCACAGCCGGCUCACUGCCACACACACUCUCAACCUGCAGGACAGGAGUGUGUGCGUGGCAGUGAGCGCCUUACCUCCCCUCCUAUUGGACAACGCCCACGUCCUGGUGGUGGGUUCCUUCUCAGCCCUGACUGUGGCCCAUGUGGCCGUCUUGGCGGCGGCCCGUUCCGGCGUGGUGCUGCUGUGUGGAGCCGAUCUCACGUCCUCUCAGCUGGAGGACUUGCACAGACUCCUGAGAGAAAUGGACAUUGGAAAUGUGCGCGUCCUGUCUGAGACCUUCUUCCAUCUGGCUGAGCGGGACGCCGCCAUCGAGCGUUUGAAGGUCGUCAUGGUGCUUCCUCGCUGCUCCUCUUCUGCCCUCAGUGACCCUGUGGACAUCAUUCACUGUGAACAUGGAGACUGGGAUCUGCUUCAAGACCUGUCUCGUGGUUCCGUGACCCAGAGCAACUUGCACAAACUGAUGACUCAGCAAGCACGCCUACUGGCCCAUGCCUUAAGCUUCCCGCAGGCUGAGACGGUGCUCUACUGCACGCGCUCAGUGCACGGCGAGGAGAACGAGCAGCUGGUGAACGAAGUGUUGGAGAGAACACUCACUCCCUCCAAACGACGGCCAUUCAGGCUGAACCCACAUAUUUUCCCCGAGGACACCACCCUGGCAACACCAGCUUCCAACUUCUUCAGGCUGGAAUGCUCUGAAGUCACCAACGGCUGCUUUAUGGCCCGCUUGACCCGACAGGCAGACUCCAGUCAGGUCCAGGAGGUGCUGGCGAGGGCGGCAGCCAAUGGCCUCUUGGAGGGAGUCUUCCCUGCACGGUCCGAGGAGAAGAAGGUGAAAAGCAGGAAGCAGGUUGAGGAUAAGGAUGGAGGAGCGGUCACGCCUAAAGAGGAAGGGGGAAAGCGUGGGAGGAAGAAAAAAGGCAAACGUAAGAAGGAAUUAAAGCAAAGCAAGAUGGUCACCAAGCAUCAUUCAGUGAGUCGGAGGAAGAAAAAGACUGGUUCCAGGAAGCCAACGGUCAAGAUUCCUCGCCUUACGCUCACUCUCAUAUCAGCCGCCAAACCCUCCACUCACGCCUUUGCGGCUGCAGCCAAGACCCCCGCCGCCUCUGCUCAAAGGCAGCCCUGCCCUGGCGUCCGCCCCGCAACCCAAACCCUGCCGAGUGCACCCAAGGCAGGCGGGCCAAAGAGGAUCGACAUGGAGGAGGUGGUCUCCACCGGAGCGUCAGGGUCGCCAGAUGUGCUCCUCGUCUCAUCUCAAGCGUGCAGCAGUGAGAGUGAGGGGGGCAGUGUUGGGUGGUAGCGGGGGUGUAUAUUGUAGCGUCCUCGAAGAGUUAGUGAUGCAAGGGGUUCUGGGUAUUUGUUCUGUUGUGUUACGGUGCGGAUGUUCUCCUGACAUAGUUUGUCAUUUUUUUGUUUGAUGUGGGUUCACAGUGUGGCGCAUAUUUGUAACAGUGUAAAAAUUGUUUAUACGGCCACCCUCAGUUUGACCUGUAUGGCUGUUGACCAAGUAUCAAUCAAUCAAUCAAUCAAUGUUUACUUAUAUAGCCCUAAAUCACUAGUGUCUCAAAGGGCUGCACAAACCACCACGACAUCCUCGGUAGACCCACAUAAGGGCAAGGAAAACUCACACCCAGUGGGACAUCGGUGACAAUAAUGACCCAGUGGGACGUCGGUGACAAUGAUGACUAUGAGAACCUUGGAGAGGAGGAAAGCAAUGGAUGUCGAGCGGGUCUAACAUGAUACUGUGAAAGUUCAAUCCACAAUGGAUCCAACACAGUCGCGAGAGUCCAGUCCAAAGCGGAUCCAACACAGCAGCGAGAGUCCCGUUCACAGCGGAGCCAGCAGGAAACCAUCCCAAGCGGAGGCGGAUCAGCAUCGCAGAGAUGUCCCCAGCCGAUACACAGGCAAGCAGUACAUGGCCACCGGAUCGGACCGGUCAAGUAUGCCUUGCAUUCAUUUAUGUGUGUCUGUUAAAGCCGUGUAUAUUAUAUAGCCACGUUUCUCGACGAGGCGAAGGUAGCCAGUCGGGCCGGGCUGAGCUUUUUUCCCCCCUACUCCACGGUGGAAGCAUCCCACGUUCGGGAGCGGCCGGUCGUAGGAGGCAACAGAGUCCGCAGCUGCCUCUUUGGCAGGUGUACGAGGAACGACGCAAGCUCCGCUCAUGUCUACGGUAAGAGCCGACUUAUUACCACAAUUUUCUCACCGAAACGUGCUAGUUGACAUGUGGUAGAGAACCAUGUUCGCUUGGCCGCUCUGUUCCAUAGUAAAGCUUCACCUCUGGGAAAGUAAACAAUGAAACACCGGCUGUGUUUGUGUUGCUAAAGGCGGCCACAAUACACCACUCCCACCUACAGCUUUCUUCUUUGACGUCUCCAUUAUUCAUUGAACAAAUUGCAAAAGAUUCAGCAACACUGAUGUCCAGAAUACUGUGUAAUUAUGCGAUUUAAGCAGACGACUUAUAGCUGGGAUCGGUGCUGGAUCAAAAUGUCCGCUACAAUUCGUGACGUCACGCGUCAUCAUACCGCAACGUUGUUAACAGGAUACUUCGCGCGAAAUUUAAAAUUGCAAUUUAGUAAACUAACCCGGCCGUAUUGGCAUGUGUUACAAUGUUAAGAUUUCAUCAUUGAUAUAUAAACUAUCAGACUGCGUGGUCGGUAGUAGUGGCUUUCAUGUAGGCCUUUAAGGCACUCCUCCAAUAUUGUUUUCCGGGGGGAAAUCGGGAGGGUUGGCAAGUAUGCUGUCAGUUGAGGCUGCUCGCCGGCUCUGUCACGCCAAAUUUCUUCUCCCUCCAACCCC